AUGGCUUCACACCAGGAACCAGAGAUGGCUCUCCAGCCUGCGUUUGAACCCACAACAGCAACCUCAACCUCAACCUCAACCUCAACCUCAACCUCAACCUCAACCUCAACCUCAACCUCAACCUCAACCUCAACCUCAACCUCAGCAGACUCCUCAGCAGCAGCAGACACCUCCACAACCCGCCCAGCGGAUCUCCCCCGAGGAGGAUCUCCCUCGUCCCAACCCGUCCGGCCGUCUCUCACCCCCCGCGCGCCAUCAAACACUUACGCUCCAGCGCGGAAACCGAACGCGCUGGCCGAGGUCGCGAAGCAACAGCGCGGCCACCGAUCCUCCAGCGCGAACCGUACCAGCACGCGCAAGCAGCUCGGGCAUCACAGCAGCAACAAGCAGCAGCAACAACAAUUACAGUCAAAAGACAAGCACGACGCUAUGAGCCACGUUCCGCGCGCGACAGACGACUUUGAAGCGCAGCAGCGGUUUUACCUGCGCAAGAUGCGCGACGACCUCGAUGACGAGUAUUACACGCGGGGCAUCACGCAGCCGAACUACUCCGACUCCGAGGACGAGACGCCGACGACAGAGGUGCCUGUCCGAGGCGCUUUCCGCCCCGAUCUGUUCGACUCCGAUCUACCGUCGACGCCGAGCCGUGAGCGGCCGUCACUGGACGAGUUGCAGAAUCCCAAGAACCGGGAGCGGCUUGAAUGGCAGGCGAUGCUCACCGCGGUCUUGACCGGCGAGGUUGUGAGGUCUGAGAAGCGGAAGCUGCAGACCGGUCAGAAGCCUGCGAAAGCGCUGUCAAAGAACGAGACAUGGCUUGAGAUCCGCGCAAAGGUCUGCGGCAGGUCGCUUGCUCUGCAGCGAAAGAUCAUCGAGGACCUGCGCAAGGAAGUCGACCAUGUGCUCGAUCGGUUCAUGACGUUUCAGAUCCAGGGCCGGGACGAGUGUCCGGACUCGCCCGAGGACCAGAUCAAAAACAUGUUGAUCAAGCUCGAUAAAUGCGAAAGUCUGUGGCCGAGCACAGCCGCGAUGGCUAAAGAUAAGCCGAUUGCCAAAUCGCCAGAGUUUAUCCGCCGAUGCGAGGCGCUGAUUUCGUGGGUCACAAUCUCGGAUAGUAUCCACUCGCAGAUCGAAGCGCUGAAGAAGUGGACUGGCGACGACGACCUCGACAUGACGCGGACGACGUAUGUCGAUAACGGGAACGGAAACAUUACCGAGAACGAGCCAUUCAUCGAGCGCUUGUUUAAGGAGUCUGACAUCGGCGAGCUUUUCCAGACCAAGAUCCUCGCCGUCCUCGGACCGCUGAUUGUCAAAGCCAAGACGACGACGAUCGAGCAAGGACAGAUGUUUGCCGAGAUGCAUCUGCCGUCGUACCUCGAAGAGGUGCUGAUCUUACUCAACUUCCCCACCCGUCUAAUCCAGGAAAUCAUUCGCACGCGGCUAUCGUUCUCGCGCAAGUUGAAUCCGACAAUGAUGAUCAUCGACCAAAUGAUUGACGUCUACAAGGUCGCGAUCCAGCAAGCCGUCGUAGUCAAGAACGACUACCUCGAGCUCUCUGCGCCCGAAGAAGGAUGGGAGCUUCCGACCGUCAUUGACGAGAACUUUGACAGCACUUUCCUCGAGGGUCUAAGUUUCUACAUUGAGCUUCUAAACCGAAAGUUGCUCGGAAACGCGCGGUCAAAGAAAACGACCAAGAGUUUCCGCGAGUCGGAGUUUGUGGAAGGCGAGUGGAAUUUCUUGAAGGAGAUUGGCGCGCUCGUCGAAGGUGCGGAUCUCGAGAUUGCAGAGCAGGUGACUAUGCUUACGGGCAAAGUGCUCGCGCGCUUGAUGUCGCAUUUCGAAAAGCAGCUCAAGGGGCCGGCGACUAUAAACACAAACGAGCUUAUGAAGCUGUAUACGGGCACGAUCGAGCAUGUGCAGGGGUUUUUCCGCAAGCUCAUGCGUUUCUCCAGUCGGUUUGAGACUGCGGCCGAGUACGCUUUCGACUACAGCCAGCUUCCGAGUAUACUAGACGAUCUGAAGGCUACCGGGCACGUGCUGGUCAACUUCUCGGCGCUCGAGGAGAGUGGAAUAUAUCUCUUCGCCGACCCGUCGAUGGACGAGCGCAAGCUCAAAGAUACGGUCCGGCCGUUUUCGCGAAUGGAGCUCGCAGACAAUGACAUGUCGUUUUCGUACGUGGUCGUCUUCUGCUGCAGCGAGCCGCCACAAUGGUCAGGUCCGGAGAUGUCGGCCGAGAUAUUACCGGUACCCUUAGAUCUCCGCCCCGGCCGGCUUCGGAUUGUUGCCGACGGGUCUGGUCCGAGACUUCUGGCGGCGCGGAGCAAGUUCAUGCGGGCGACGGAUAACGUGUGUCAGAUCUUGACUGAGCAGCGGUCGAAUUUCCCGCUGAUUGACCGGGAACUGACGCGGAUGCGGAAGAACUUUUACAAGCUCGCGAUGCUGAUUAUCUCGUCUGUGGAUAUCGUGCGGUCGCAGUGCAAGGGCCAUGGCUGUCAGGAUCUUGUGAAUCAGUUUUUCAUCUUUGCGCGCGACGUCGGCACGCGGGCGAUGAAGUAUCUAGACUCGAACCGGCGGGCGGCGUGUGCGCUGAAGCUUGUCUAUCUGAGCAUCAACUGGGUGAGUUUUGUGUGCGACGACUGUCUGGCGUCGGAGAAGCGGACGUUUCAGUUUUCUGUCAACGCGCUCGAGUUUGCGAUGGAGAUGACGCGCGGGGUGAAUAUUCUUGCCAUCAGCGACGAGGACUUUUCGCGGCUGCGGGUAAAAGUCGCGGGGUGCAUGACGCUCUUGGUGUCGCACUUUGACAUCAUGGGAGCGCGGUCGAGUCUUGCGGCGGCGCUGGAGCAGAAGAAGCAGGAGAAGGCGAUUGCGCCGUUGAACGAUGACGACAAAGACGACGAUGUGGCGAUCAAGGUCGUGAGCGGGAUACGCACCGAGCAGCUUGUCAAGAUCGAGGACGCGCGAAGGCUGCGGCAGGAAGAGCAGCGGAGUGUGGGUAAGGUGCUCGAUGAUAGCAAUGUGGAGACGCAGUACCUCAUGUUUUUGUCGUCGUCGCUGUCGAAUGUUUCGAUCCGGUGGCAGCAGGGCCGGUUUAUUGGCGGUGGAACGUUUGGCAGUGUGUAUGCGGCGAUCAAUCUCGAGACUGGGGACGUGAUGGCGGUCAAGGAGAUCCGUCUGCAGGACUCGCAAUCGAUCCGGCAUAUCGUGAAAUCGAUCAAGGACGAGAUGACGGUGCUCGAGAUGCUGAGUCAUCCGAAUAUCGUGCAGUACUUUGGCGUGGAAGUGCAUCAGGAGAAGGUGUUUAUUUUCAUGGAGUACUGUCAGGGAGGGUCGCUUGCGAGUCUGUUGGAGCAUGGCCGGAUUGAGGAUGAGACUGUUAGUCAGGUUUAUGCUUUGCAGAUGCUGGAGGGUCUUGCGUAUCUUCACGAGGCUGGUAUUGUGCAUCGUGAUAUCAAGCCAGAGAACAUCCUACUCGACCACAUGGGCGUGAUCAAAUUCGUCGAUUUCGGCGCCGCCAAGGUGAUUGCGCAAAAGGGCAAGACGCGCGCGAGCGGAAUGACGGUGCAGACGAAGCUCAACAGUAUGACGGGCACGCCGAUGUACAUGUCGCCGGAGGUGAUUACGGGCGCCGGAUCGGGCCGGCAUGGAAGUCUUGAUAUCUGGUCGAUGGGAUGCUGCGUGCUUGAGAUGGCUACCGGACGGCGGCCGUGGGCGAAUUUGGAUAACGAGUGGGCGAUCAUGUACCAUAUCGCAGCCGGUCACCAACCAACUCUUCCGACAAACGACCAAAUGAGCGAACUAGGCCAACAAUUCCUGACGCGCUGUUUCGAGCGCGACCCCGAGCUGCGCGCGUCGGCGAUCGAGCUGCUGGAUGAUCCGUGGAUCAGGUCGAUAAAGAUGGAGGCGCUGAGUGAUGUGCAGACGCCGUCGACGGAUAGCGAGUCGUCGAUGAGGUCGAUUAGUAGUUAG